GGAAGCGCCAGAGCUGAGGCAGGUCCUGCGCGGAGCCCCGCCACCAGGGACGCCGCGGGGCAGCCGGCACCGGGCACCGGGCUCGCAGCCAGCCGGGGAUGUGAGCUGCGCCCCCGCGGCAUGGCAGCCUCAGAUGGCCUCUGGAGGUUAGAAGAGGCUGUAUUGUGAACAAGAAGUCCCUGGUAAUAGCAGGCUCACGGUCCAUUUGAAAGCCAAAGAAGAGUUAUCUACAGGGGUGCUCGGAGGGUGCGACAUCCUCAUCAUGUACAGCCCAGAUGCUGAGGAGUGGUGCCAGUACCUCCAGGACUUGUUUCUGUCGAGUCGGCAGGUGCACAGCCAGAAGACACUGACUCACAGGCUGGGCCCCGAGACGUCCUUCUCGGCAGAGGACCUCAGCCUCUCCCUCAGCGCCCGCUGCAUCAUCGUGCUGCUGUCUGCGGAACUGGUGCAGCAUUUCUACCGGCCAGCGGUGCUACCCCUGCUGCAGAGAGCCUUCCAUCCUCCGCACCGCAUGGUCAGGCUGCUCUGUGGGGUGCAGGACAGUGAAGAAUUCUUGGACUUCUUUCCAAAUUGGGCCCACUGGCAGGAGCUUACCUGUGACGAUGAGCCUGAGCUCUAUGUGGCAGCUGUGAAGAAGGUCAUCUCUGAAGAUUCUGGCUGCGACUCAGUCACUGACACCGAGGCUGAGGACGAGAAGGUCCUUCUCUACUCAAAGCAGCAGAGCCCGGAGAGUUCGCCUGGGAGCCUGAUGGUGGUGCAGCCAGACCGCAUUCGCUGUGGGGCAGAAACCGUGGUCUACGUUAUUGUGAAAUGUAAGUUGGACGAGAGAGUGACGACAGAAGCAGAAUUUUCUCCCGAGGGUUCUUCCUCUGUAAGGGUAGAAGCCAAGCUGGAGAAUGAGUACACCGUUUCGGUGAAGGCUCCCAAACUCCCAUCUGGGAAUGUGUCUCUGAAGCUAUAUUCUGGGGACUUAGUGGUGUGUGAAACUAUUAUCAGCUACUAUACUGACAUGGAAGAAAUUGGAAAUUUAUUGUCUAAUGCCGCAAAUCCUGUGGAGUUCAUGUGUCAGGCCUUUAAAAUUGUGCCCUACAACACGGAGACCCUUGAUAAACUGCUAACUGAGUCCCUGAAGAACAAUAUCCCUGCAAGUGGACUGCACCUUUUUGGAAUCAACCAACUGGAAGAAGAAGAUAUGAUGACAAAUCAGAGGGAUGAGGAGCUGCCCACCUUGUUGCAUUUUGCUGCAAAGUAUGGACUGAAGAAUCUCACUGCCUUGUUGCUCACCUGCCCGGGGGCCCUGCAGGCAUACAGCGUGGCCAACAAGCAUGGCCACUACCCCAACACCAUCGCUGAGAGACAUGGCUUCAGGGACCUGCGGCAGUUCAUCGACGAGUAUGUGGAAACUGUGGACAUGCUGAAGAGUCACAUCAAAGAGGAACUGAUGCAAGGGGAGGAGGCUGAUGCCGUGUACGAGUCCAUGGCCCAUCUUUCCACAGACCUUCUCAUGAAAUGUUCCCUCAACCCUGGCUGCGAUGAGGAGCUGUACGAGUCCAUGGCUGCCUUCGCCCCAGCUGCCACUGAAGACCUCUAUGUAGAAAUGCUUCAGGCCAGUACAUCUAAACCAAUCUCUGGAGACAGUUUCUCUCGGACUACCAAGGACUCUAUGAUUCGCAAGUUUUUAGAAGGCGACAAUAUGGGCAUGGCCAGUUUGGAGAGGAAGCAGCACCAUCUUGGUGAGAAUGAAGAUGUUUAUCACACGGUGGAUGAAGACGUCACCUUUCCUGUGGACCUGGCUAGCAGGCCCCCCGUCCCAGUGCCCAGACCAGAGGCUAGUCCUCCUGGUGCUCAUCAGCUGCCCGACAAGGAACCGUACAUUUCUAAAGUUUUUGCAGAAAAAAGUCAAGAGCGGCCUGGGAAUUUCUAUGUUUCUUCGGAGAGCAUCAGGAAAGAGCCACCCGUCAGGCCAUGGAGGGACAGACCCCAGUCGAGCAUAUAUGACCCUUUCGCCGGGAUGAAAACGCCAGGUCAGCGGCAGCUCAUUACGCUCCAGGAGCAGGUGAAGCUGGGCAUCGUCAACGUGGACGAGGCUGUGCUCCACUUCAAGGAGUGGCAGCUCAACCAGAAGAAGCGAUCCGAGUCGUUUCGCUUCCAGCAGGAAAAUCUUAAACGGCUUAGAGACAGCAUCACUCGAAGACAGAGAGAGAAGCAAAAAUCAGGAAAGCGGACAGACUUGGAGAUCACAGUCCCGAUUCGGCACUCACAGCACCUGCCUGGGAAAGUGGAGUUUGGAGUCUAUGAGAGCGGCCCCAGGAAAAGCGUCUUCCCACCAAGGACGGAGCUAAAACGAGGAGACUGGAAAACAGACAGUACCUCCAGCACAGCAAGCAGCGCAAGUAACCGAUCCAGCACGCGGAGCCUCCUCAGUGUGAGCAGCGGGAUGGAGGGGGACAAUGAGGAUAAUGAAGUCCCUGAGGUGAGCAGAAGUCGUAGUCCAGGCCCCCAGCAAGUGGAUGGAGCACCCAGCUUACACCUUGAAAGGCCCCCCAGGGUUCCUCCUCGAGCUGCUUCACAGAGGCCUCCAACCAGGGAGAUCUUCCAUCCUCCUCCACCUGUUCCACCCAGAGGUCGCUGAUUCCACCUCCUAAAACCUGCCUAAUCCAGGACUUUGAGACUUAUGAUAUUCAGCCCAUUAGCAAUGUCUUCAUGUUGAGUUUUAUGACAUUGACUGCUGUCCUUAAGACCAACUCUCAUUGCCGAUAUUGCUGCAGCCCUGCUGGUUUGGGCAGUCCUUGAAGAAGACUUUGCUAAGGCAUGAAGAAGUGAAAAACUAAGGACCUGAUUCACCAUCACCAAGUAUAUUGAUCCAUGUCCUUGUGUAAUCAAAAGGAUGAAGAAUUAUUGGAGUACUUACCUCUAAUUUGGCCUAAAAAAGAUUGAUCAGAAUGUACUUUACAAGUGAUUUUACUAAAAUGUACUUAUAUUACACCUUACAUAUUUACUAGUCCCAGCCUAAUUUCUAGAAGCGGUUAUGAAGUAAGACUUCCAGUGUUCAGUAAGUAGAUAAGUGUCCUAACUUUUAAAUAAUUCUUCAACUUUUUGUAGAUUCAAGUAGCUGUUUAAAUAUUAGGGUUGGUCACAUGCACACACUGGAAAAGACAUUUAAAAAGGAUUAGUCUUAACCCCUCUUAUAUAGAGGGCAAGCCUGAGGUCCAUAGAGUCUGCAACCAAGAGUAUCCAGUUGGUUAGAGAAAGAGGCCCGUCUAGAAUCUGGCCUGCUGAUUCCAUGUCAUCACGCUUUCCAUCUCCAAAUAGCCAAUCGCUCUCUCUUUUCAGAAAUGGCCCAGAUGUAGAAAUUCAGUUGGUGACUAUUGGCUCUUCAGAAGCUUCCUUCUUCAAUAUCUCUCAGGCAUGAGAUUAUCAAGUAUUUUUUUUUUUUUUCAAUCUGGGAAUUUAUACUUUGGUAUGCAUUCAAAACCUUGAUGUUUUCAGGGAACAUCUAAAAAGGUUAGAACUAGAAGCCUGAGAUGCCAGGGACUCCAUUUACUGCUCUGCAGCCUUUAUAGGUCUUAUUUCUGCCCAUAACAAGAGAGGAUCCUUGCCUUUUUCUCUGCUGUAGGAUCAGAAGAGGAAAAAAGAAUCCUAAAAUAGAAAUAGUUCUCUGUUUCCUAAUAUACCUAUUAUUGCCACCAGGCUUGGGAAAUCUGUGCAGAUAAGGUAGAGCCUUAAAUAUGUCAUUAAUGUUGAGAACCUGGCACAUAAAUCCACUUUCAAAGCCUUAAUUUAAUACUUAAACAUAUAGUAAAUUAGUAUCAGACCAAUUUCUUUAAAAAAUAAUGGAAAUCUGGUUGUUGCUCUUGAACUUAAAAAAUUAUUCUCCAUCCCACGCAGCUAAAUAAAGCCACACUGCUAAUGAACCACUUAA